AUGACGAACGCGAUGCUAUCCUCCUCCCCGCGCGCGAUCGCGAUCGCGCCGCGGUCGCGCGCGUCGAACCGCGACGUCCGCGCGCCGUUCUCCGCGGCGCCGCGGUCGCGGAGAAGAAACGAACAAGAUUAUCAUUCAGCGCGCGCGUCGGGAUCUCGCCGCGUCAGCGUCGUCGUCGCGGCCGCCGCGGCGGACGCGAAGGCGGCGGAGGCGGACCUCCCGCCGUCGGACUGGGCGAAAGAGUGGCGCGCGCGAUUUGACGCGGAGAAAGUGUUCCACUGCGACAAGGAAGGCGCGUGCGACGACAAGGAGAACGCGGCGCUCGUCGACUUCAUCGUCGCGGCGAGCGCGACGCUGGCGGACGUUCCGUCGCGAUUCAUCGUCGUCGGCGACGGCGGCAUCCUCGAGUCCGUGCGACCGUGGCCGAAAACCCCGCGGUUCGCCGAGCUCGGCGCGAAAGGGACGUGCUGCACGCUCGCGAGCGACGACAAGACCUUCGAGGCGCACCUGUUCCUGUCCAGGGUGCGAGAGGUCGCGCUCGCGAGGAGCGAACGCGGCGGGAGAAAGAUCUACGCGAUUCGGUUCUUCGGAGAGGAGGCGGCGCCCAUGGGGACGGUGCCCGUGCCGACGCCGAAGACGAUGAUGACGGUCGUGCUGCACGGCACCGGCGAGGGCGGGGAGGUGCCGGCGGAGGCGGUGGAGAAGUGGGAGAGCCUCGCGAAGGUGCUCGAGGAGAAGGGCGGGAAGCUGUGAGAGGCGCUCCAGGAGUCCAGUCCUAGUCCGUCGUCGCGCCCACCGUGGCACUCCGCAGUGCUCUGACUGAGAUCAAAGUUGGCGCGCCGCGCUUAUU